AUGAUGUCCAAUCUGCAGACUCUUAUGCUCGAGAAUCUUGGCUCUGACACAAACCAAAAAACCUGGACAGAAGAUGGACUUUUUAAUCAUUGCUAUAACGUUGUGUUCAGAGCCGGUUACUUGGCUCUUUACGGAAACACCACUUCAAAGACUGAAGGAGAUGAGGAAAAAGCCAAAGCUAAAGACAGAGCAGAGUCUGAGAAAUUGUUUAACGAAUUCCGAAAAUACGACCAGCUGUUUCCCAAUUUGGUUUACGGCGUCCUGCCCCCGAGCGGUAGGAGAGAAGCUCUAAGACUAAUGCGUUUCUUCUGGGAUUUUCUGUCCAUGAAAAACACAGAGAUCAAAGACAACAUCAGCGGCUGGAUUUGGGACAUGCAAAAUAUGCGAAAAGAAGAAGGCAUGUCGGACUCAAUGAUAGACAGAUACAUGUUUGUCCUGCUGUGGGCCGCCCAAGGCAACACUGGACCUUCGUCAUUUUGGCUUCUUCUCUACCUCAUGAAGCACCCAGACGCGAUGGAGGCUUUGCGAAAAGAGGUAGACACGGUUCUAAAGGAGUCUGGGCAGGAGGUCAGGCCCAAUGGUCCUCCAGUCAACCUAACCCACGAAAUGCUCAUGAAAACCCCAGUUUUUGAUAGCGCCGUGGAAGAAGUACUACGUCUCGUGGCGGCACCGAUGCUCACUCGAUCGGUCGUCCAAGAGAUGACGCUGAAAAUGGCGGACCGUCGCGAGUUUUUACUUCGCCAAGGAGACCGGUUGGCUGUUUUUCCUUACAUCGCAGUUCAUAUUGACCCUGAGAUCCACCCUGACCCCCUCACGUUCAAGUAUGACCGCUUUCUCACUCCAGAAGGUACCAGGAAAACAGAUUUCUACAAAGGAGGGAAGAGGGUCAAGUACUACAGCAUGCCUUGGGGGUCUGGAGUGUCCAUGUGUCCAGGUCGCUUCUUCGCCAUCAAUGAGCUCAAGCAGUUUGUCUUCCUCAUGCUGGUCUAUUUUGACUUUGAGCUGAUAAACCCAGAGGAGGAGACGCCACAAAUCGACCGCAGACGUUGGGGAUUUGGAACCAUGCAGCCGGACCGAGAAGUUAAGUUUCGUUACAGGCUUAGAUACUAA